UAUGGUUGUAUCAGCUUUGAUAAAACCAACAACUUUAGCGCUUACAUUGAUUGUAGUAAGCUGAAAAUUUUGCUGUGUGACCCUGAUGCUGAAAGCUGUAAAGAGAUCACCAAGUUACUGACAAAUUGCUCCUAUCAAGAUACAUGUUUCAAGUUCUAAAAUCAUUCUUCUUCUGGGGAGUUACAGAGUUUUUAACCAUAGUUUAUCAGAGAAAUAUAUUAAUCUGGAAAAGUCUCAAACCCAUGUUCUAAUAAGAUAAUUUUUUUCUUAGAUUAGUAAAUAGUUUCUGAAUUUUCCUGAUUUCUCUCAGGCAUUAGUUUGUUUUGGAAAAUAUAGCAGUUCUUCAGAAGAAGUAAAUUGGUGAUUUUACUAGUUCAGCAGAAGAAACCUUAUAAUGAUUCAGAAGACUGUUUAGUUUGCAAAGUAGUUAUAUAUGAAAGUUUGGUGUAAUUGGUGUAUUCCCUAGUUGGGGCAAAGUCUACCAACCUUAUGGUUCAAAAAAGUCUAUUCAUUAGAACUUCCAGGGAUAUUUAGGUAAAGGUUGAUAUUUUCCUCUGCAUCAGUACAAAUUACCCCUAAAUAUUUUAUUUCACAUAUCUAUGUUUCGAUAUAACUGCAUAUAAAAAAACCUUAUAAUUCAUUUACCAUCUCAGAGAUUUUUUUUUUUUUCUUUAUUUUUAAGAGUUUGGAACCAAUUAGGGAAAAAAAGGAAAAGUUUCAAUAAAAAGUAUGUAAUGGUAUUUAUUUUCUUUUUCUUUCUUUUUCCUUUCGUUGAGGAACCAAGUAUGGUAUUUGAGCUAAAGAAAUCUUCAUAAAUAUCAAGCUUUUCUAUUAAUCCUUACACUUCUUUAGCGAAUAUUCAUAUUAUGACUCUAGAAGCCUGUUUUGAUACAGUAAUUUCAGUUAGAUCAGCUAUGGAGGUGAUUGAUGCUCUGAAUUCUGAAGGGUCGUACAUUGACCUCAUACUAACUGCAAUUGACCUUCCUAUAGAGACAAGCAUGAAGAUGUUGAAAUACAUAAUGCAGGAUAAAGAUUUCCAACACAUUCCAGUAAUCAUGAUGCCAACAGGAGAUGAAUUCUUUCUUAUUCACAAAUUCCUCAAACUUGGUGCAACUGAUUAUCUGGUAAAGCCCUUGUGCAAAAAUGAGAUAUUAAACUUGUGGAUGCACGUGAGGAGGCAGCGGGGAGUGAGGCAUGGACUUCCCCAGAAGAAUAUUGUAAACUAUGGCUUCGGUCAGCUGGUAUCAAAUGAAGCCAAUAUGAGCAACAGCUUGUUCUUAGUCACAGAUAACAAGCUUCUUCAGACUACAACUCACCACACAAGUGUUUUGUCAAAAAAUCAGUGAAAUACCUGAAAUUUUUAAGAAGGCGAAGUUCAAUAUCCUGUAAAUUACAGUAGAAACAUAAGCAUUGAAGAAAGUUAUGCAUGUUUUUGAUAUUAUCAGACGUUUACUUGCAAAAGGGGGCAGGGAGGGAAAUAUUGUUGAAGGAGAAAAAACUUACUAGAAAAAUGUUAUGUCCAAAAUGAAAGUGUCAAAGAAAAUCUUUCAGAUUUAGUUUCCUUUUCAAUGUAUGAAAUUUCUUUUGAAACCUCGAUUGUCUCAUAUUCUGUUUCAUAAGAGUCAUUUAUGCAGUUAUCCUUAAUUUCAGAGAACAAUGCAGAGUUCAUAAUUUAUUGUUU